GGCAGGUAAAGUCUUAGGAUGUGAAAAUAUCCCUCUUCAAACAUAAGAAAGAAAACGUGUUAAGGCAGUGGGCCAAUAAACAGCUCCUGUUUCCCCCGUAUCUCAAGGGGUGGAGCUCCCGAACCCCCAGGAGUAAGGGAAGUCCAAAGGAGUUAAAUACCAGGGCCGGCUCAGCCCCGGACAGACUGCAGUCCAGGCACCUCAGUCACCAUGAAGGCUCUCCUUGUGCUGGGGCUCGUCCUCCUCGCUGUCGCUGUGCAGGGCAAGGUCUGGGAGAGAUGCGCGCUGGCCCGAAAGCUGAAGGAACUCGGAAUGGAUGGCUACAGGGGAGUCAGCCUGGCCAACUGGAUGUGUUUGACCAAAUGGGAAAGUGAUUAUAAUACGGAUGCUACAAACUACAACCCCUCCAGCGAAAGCACCGAUUAUGGGAUAUUUCAGAUCAACAGCCGCUACUGGUGUAACAACGGCAAAACUCCACAUGCAGUGAACGGCUGUGGCAUCAACUGUAACGUUUUGCUGGAAGAUGACAUCACCAAAGCUGUACAAUGUGCGAAGAGGGUUGUCAGGGACCCUCAAGGCGUUAGAGCAUGGGUGGCAUGGAAAAACCACUGUGAGGGCCACGAUGUGGAGCAGUAUGUUGAGGGUUGUGAUCUGUAACUGUGGAGUUUCCUUCUUCAGCUCAUUUUGUAUCUUUUUCAUCUUAAGGAAGUCGUUAUUUCAGUGACCGGUCAUACUACCAUUCUUUCAAGCAUAUAAUGAUUUCCUUAAUUUCAUUAACUUCCUGCAUUAUGACUAAAUUCAGAGGCAGAUGAGCUUGCAAGUAUGGAAAUAAUUGCUAAUUAACCACAGAUGUGAAAUCACGCAUGCUGUUAAAAAAAAUACAAACACUCAUUAAAAGCUUUGCAAGUCA